AUGCGCUGCCGCCUUCUCCUCCUCCGCCCGGCCCUCGGGCUGCUCCUGCUGCUGGGCGCUGGGGGCCCCUCCUCGGCUGCCGGCCUCUACUUCCACGAAGGGCAGAGCUGCCACCGACCGCUGGCGCGCCAGCCCGCCGAGCUCAGAACUUACCCUCGUCCUCACGAAUACCUGGACGUCUCUAAACUCCCCCAGAGCUGGGAUUGGCGCAACGUAAAUGGAGUCAAUUACGUGAGCGCCACACGCAACCAGCACAUUCCUCAGUACUGCGGAUCCUGUUGGGCCCACGGCAGCACCAGCGCCCUUGCAGACCGUAUCAACAUAAAGAGGAAAGCGGCCUGGCCUUCUGCCUACCUCUCUGUUCAACAUGUGAUUGACUGUGCUGAUGCGGGGACCUGCCACGGAGGAGACCACACGGGUGUUUGGGAGUACGCGCACACCCAUGGCAUCCCUGACGAGACCUGCAACAAUUACCAAGCCAAAGACCAAAAAUGCAAGAAGUUUAACCAGUGUGGGACAUGUGUUACUUUUGGAGAAUGUCAUGUGAUCAAGAAUUACACCCUCUGGAAAGUCGCCGAUUAUGGAACGAUCAGCGGAAGAGACAAAAUGAAGGCAGAAAUCUAUGCCAAUGGUCCCAUCAGCUGUGGGAUCAUGGCUACUUCCAAACUGGACAAAUACACCGGAGGACUUUAUGAAGAAUACAGGCUCUUGCCCAUAAUCAACCACAUCGUCUCCGUCGCUGGCUGGGGAGUUGAAAAUGGAACAGAGUAUUGGAUUGUCCGCAACUCAUGGGGAGAACCUUGGGGUGAGCGUGGAUGGCUUCGAAUCGUGACCAGCGCCUACAAAGGAGGAAGCGGUGGACAUUACAACCUGGCUGUGGAGCGGAACUGCGCUUACGGAGAUCCAAUACUUUCUUAAGCCUGCCAUUGGGGCGCUAUUUGUACUUCUGACUAGAAGCAACAAGUUCCAACAAGGGUUUUGGAAAGGGAAAGUCCAGAAGCUUAUGAAAAAUUGGUGAUGCAAAAGAGAUUGCGGGCUUAGUAAUUUCAAAUUCAAACCAGUUAAAUCCCAAAACAGGGACUAGUAUUGAUUACCUGGGGAAAGAGAUGGAAUAUGCCCCUUUCCUCUUUGCUUUUCAGUUUGAAAACUUUCAGCCGCUCUGAUAGGAUAUGUCAAAAUGGCUUUAUUUGGAAACGUGGGCCUCGAGUGGGUCAUCACAAAGACAGAGCUUGGUUUAAACAUGAGGAGGAACACGUGUUUUUAAAAGGUUGUGUUCUGUACUGCUGAUAUCGUGUUUAAACAGGGUUACUUUGGAGGGUGAGGCCUGAGAAUUCAGGGAGGGGAGCUCAGAAGCAUAAUGUGUGGGAGGGAUGGACAUAGAAUGUGUCAAAGGUUUACCUUCAGAUCAGGAUCCUUGCCCUCUUUUCCUGUGAAUUUUCAAACUAGAUCAGGUCUAUCUGAGAUCUGCCAGUCACAUAGGGAUGUUACCCUCCAGACGGGACCUGGGGAGCCCUGCCGAAUUACAGUUCAUCUCCAAACUCAAUUCCCCUGGAGAAAAUGGCUGCUUUGGAGGGUGGACUCUAUGGCACUGUACCCCACUUAGUUUCUGCCCCUUUCCUUUGCUCCAUCCCCAAACCUCCAGGAAUUUCCCAACCUGGAUGUAGCAGUCCCAUCCCCACCCCCAUCUACCCCAGGGGACCUGGCAACCCUACCAGUCAGUCAUUCUCUUUUCCCUAGAAAGAGAAAGAUUUUGAGCCUGGAACUGUUGGAGAAAGGGAAUUCUUUAUGCUUCGGAAUAAGAUGGCAAUCAUGAACAUUCUAAAAUACUGUGGCUCUGCAGCAGAGCAUCUGCUUUGCAUGCAGAAGGUCCCAAGUUCAAUCCCUGGUGCCUCUAAUUUCAAAAAGAUCCGAAGAGCCCAGAGAAGAGGGGUCACGGGGGUGGUCAGGGGUCACAGGGGUGGGAGGAGAUGCUUGUGAAUUUCCUGCAUUGUGCAGGAGGUUGGACUAGAUGACCCUGGAGGUCCCUUUCAGCUCUAUGAUCCUAACUGCUGCAAUUUGGAGUAGGCAACGCUGACCUGGACCAAGCAGGGGUUUGAUUCAGUCUAAAGCUGUUUCAUGUGCUCAGGAAGGUUGAUUUAUGACCAUUUCAUUUUAAAGCCUUUUUCCCCACUGGGAAAAGUGAAAAACAGAAGAGUAGUUCUAAAGGGGCUCCUGCUGGGUUUCUGAACUGAAUCACAGCCUUGCAGAAGGGUUGAUUUAUGACCUCGUUUUAGCCAGCAAGUCAGUGGGCCUUAGAAGGGUGUAACUCUGCUUGAGAUGGCACUGUGUCUGCCAGUCCAUCCUGAUCCCAGCAUUUAAGGUGCUGGCCAGUGUUCCCUCUAAGCUGAGUUAGUGUGAGCAAGCGCACAGCUUUUUAGGCUCUGGCUCACACCUUUUUGUAUUAGCUCAGGAAAAAUGGCCCCAGGGCAAACUAGUUUAUGCAGUAGCUCACAACUUUCAUGCUAGUAGCUCACGAAGAAGCAUUUUUGCUCACAAGAGUCCGUAGCUUAGAAGGAAUGUUGGUGCUGACCUAUUUUUCCAGAGGUUGGUCUCAUGAAUUCUACCUUUAUGAUCUGUUGGUGCUCGCAUGUGCCACUGCACAAAAUGUGUUGGGGGUAAGAGAGGAAGCCAAAAUGCUGUGUGUCCUGUUAGUCAGGAACCUAUGCUACUGAUGCGAACAGGCCAGACGGGCCUCAUAUUGCCGCCUUCUUUGGAUGUGUUUAGUAGAUGUUCUGAAUUAAAAGCUACCUAUUAGGAUUGCUAGAAACAACAAAUCAGUAAACUCAUUUUGCAUCAUGCGCAAACAGGAGCUUUCCCCCCCCCCCUCAAAGUAUCUUUAUUUCAUACGUAUGACCAAAAGUCUUAAGCGUACCUAAGCAAACUACAAAUAUAUAUCAAUCCAUUCGUUAUACAUAAAACUUCCAAAAGUUUAAAACUGCUAAACAUUUCAAGUUGAGUUCCAAGUGGAAUUUUUAAAAGGAAUUUGGAUCAAAAUUUAACAGUUGUGAAUCCAGGAAACUAAAUAAAACUUCUCCUUAUGGCAGUUA